AAUAUAGCAGUAGUUUCACAAGAAAAUCGACUUCAAAAUAAAGAGAGUAAAGACGUUGGAGAACGUAAAAAGGUUAUGUGCGAAAAAUGUGGUAAAUAUUACACCAGUCCUGCGGAUUUGCGUCGUCAUAUUCACACACAUAGUGGAGAGAGACCAUACAUAUGUGAUCUAUGCCCUAAAGUGUUUAAGUGUACAAGUGGAUUACGUAAACAUAAAUUACAUGGACAUGCUGGUAUAAAACCUUACCAAUGUACAAUGUGUGGAAUGAAACAUGCUUCAAAAUGGGAUUUGAAUCGACAUGUUAUAUCACAUUCCGAUGAAUUAAAUCAUGAAUGUAAAUUUUGUUCGAAAAAAUUCAAAACCAAAUACAGUCUAAGGUUACAUUUACGUCAACAUACUGGUGAACGACCGUAUGCAUGUUUAGAAUGUAAUAUGCAUUUUGUACGUGGCACAAAUUAUAAAGUACAUUUAAAAAGGCGACAUCGUUUAUUAAAUAUAUCAAUUACAAAUCGACAUCAAUAUCCAUUCCCACCUGAAGAUAAUAGUUAAUAAAUCAUUAAUUUCAAUGGAUUGAUUAAUUAUGCAAUUUAUAAUUAUUGCUUCCCAGGGCUAAAGGUCUUAUGAAACAUAUUUUAUGGCUCUGGAUAUUGCUCCGGAAGAAAAUGAAUGGUAUAAAAUAACUGAACAAAAAUUGUGGUUUUGCGAAAAGACAUGUAGCAAACUUUAUUAUUUAUCCGAUUUGUUUGAAAAUUAUUUU